CCCCCAUUCCUACAAUAAUACUUAAAAACAAGAGCUUAUUUUAAAAAGUAUUUCUAAUAAGUUAAAUAUUUGAAAGUACAAGUAUUCAGGAAAGAAAUCUGAAAAUUUCACAUAAAAACUUUAAAACAGUCAUGUUCUGUAACAAAAGUAGUUAUCGUAAGAAUAAACAUUUCAGUCAUCCCUUUCCUCAUAAUCUGUUUUUUCACUGGCUAGUUCAGUGCGGGGAAUCACGUGAUUCUAUUUGAUGUUAAGCACGAGAAAAUGGCGUCGAAUCCUUCUCGAUUCAGCGGAAAUUAGCCGUUAAAUCAGAAAAAUGGAGAAGUCCGAAGACGGAUUGAUGUGCCGUUACUGUGGCCGCCAAUUUAAAAGUAAAUCGGGCCUUUCAAACCAUGAAAACAGCAGAGCAAAUUUAAUGAGACACAGAAAAUUCUCUUACAACACAUGUCGGUCAACAAUAUAUAAUCUUGUGGAGAAAGCAGAACCGGAGCAUACUGGAGACGUUGGGAUAAGCACUAGGAACACGGCGCAAAAUAACUUGCCAGACAACAUCACGCUAAAAUCUCAUACCUUUGACAUGCCAGAAAGAGGAAGACUUGCUGGAAAGAAUAAAUGCUCGACUGUGUCUCUUGAUAGACAUUCUUUACAGAAGGGCUCUCUUGGAGUCAGAUGGGAAAAGGCUAGAACUAACGAAUCAAAGAUGCUGCCAUCACAGCGAAUGGGAAUUCAAUAUGAUCAAAAUGAGACGACGGUUCUAAAGAAAUAAACUGUUAACCAUAAAGUGGAACGUUCAUUAUUUACAUUUCGGUGUCUGGAAGGUACUGAAGGAACUCAGCUUUGUUCUUUGUUCGACACAAUAAAUAAAUGUUGCAUUUAAUAGAUGUUCUAAAACUGAGGUAUACAUAUGUACAUACAUUCAGAGAAAUAUUCUUUCUAUUAUCCUUUUUCAUUGAGGUUCAAAC